CGCGAAAACGGCUCCCCCACAUUUUCGCCACGCCUCCCCUGGGGAUGAGCGACCGUGCAUGGCCAGUAUUUUCGAACCCCGCAGUGCAAUGAGUGUUUGAGGGUUCAGCGGGGAAGGCUAGUGAGGGUGCAGUAUAGAUUGGCCCCACAGCAGCACCACCCAUACAGGUAUCAGCAUUGACUCGGUAGGCCCAGGGGGGGGCAAGCAUUCUCCUCCAGUCGGUCUGGAUUCGAAUACUUUGCCAAUGUGCCCGAGGCAGAGGGAAGCCCUGGAGGGUCGUACUGAUAAUGGCGGGGUGCGUCCAAGGAGUGCACCAGACUGCAGUUCUGGUUGGCGACGGGCGCCGUGGUCGUCGCCAUGGUGCUCUGGCGCGUGCUCCUUGCCCGGCACACUUCUCGGGACGAGCUCCUGGGCAAGUUACCGUACACUUGUGGGGCGGUGUCGCAGGAGGGCAAGGUCCUCUACCUGGUGGCCACUCUGCACGUCUCCCCGCGCGCGCCCCGCGACGUGCACGCCGUCGUGGACGCCGUGGGGCCGCAGCUCGUGAUGAUCGAGCUGGACGAGGAGCGACUCAAUCGCUUCAGCACGAAGGACCCGCCGCCGCCGAAAGACUUGCAGCCACUCGAGAUUCUGGACGCUUCUGGCGCCGAGUCGUGGACUGUGGAGGCGCAGCGCGCGCUUUGGAACGGGGAGCGCGCCAAUCUCCUCAUCGACAGCGAGGUCGUGUUCGACGAGGAGGACCAGCACGGGCUGCGCUGCCAGAGCGAGCAGCUCAGGGGCCGGUUGGCUCUCGUGCUCCGCGGCGGACCAGAGGGUGUGUUUGCCCCCUUCUCGCUGAAGGCGUUCCGUGCGGCGCGGGCUGGCGCAGAGGGCGUGCUGGUGAUCAACAACGAUGGGCAGGGCGACAGGCUGCCGCCGUUCCGCCUGGGCGCCGCCGACCUCGCCGGCGAGCUCCGCGCCGCCUGGGCCGCCGGGAGCUGCGGGUUCCCCCCCGUCCCGCUGCUGCUGCUCAAGCGCAGCGACGGCGAGAGGCUCUCCGGCAUUGCUCCGAGGUCGGUGCCCACGAAGGUAUCCUUCAAGGUGCUGGCCGACAGCUACCCUCGCAGGACCCUCUGCAGGCGGCUCUGCCAGGGCUGCUCCGCGUUCUUCUCCGGCAUCGGAAUCUUGUACGGCAUCAUCGGUUUGUUAGGCGUUGAUGUCGGUGCAGAGUUCAGCGCGGCCGAGGAGGCGGCCGAGAGGGAGGGCCUCCCGUGCGUCUGCGUCGACGUGGACAUGAACCGGCUCUGGAACCGGCUCGGCAGGUCGUUGCUGCCGACGCCGCGCAACCUGCUCAACUCGUCGCUGUCCUGGGUCGCCUUCCCGAGGGUGCUGUGGGCGUUCCUGUUUCCUCCGAGGGCGAAUGUGGACGUGCUGGGCUCAGUAUUUCUACAUGUGCUCAGCCUGCCGCUGCGCACCUGGGUGGCCAUGGCGCUGGCCUGCGUCGUCGGGAAUUUCGUCACGACGAACUUCCUCCAGGCCCUCACGGCCCUGCCGGAGAGAGCCGCCGAGAAGGCGGGCUACGUCAAAGAGGAGGACAGGGACGACGUGCAGACUUGGAUCCUGCUGCUGCUGGAGGUUCUGAUGCUUCCCCAGAUAUACGACGCCAUAGCGGCAUCUCGCGACGAGGCCAUGUACCAGGGCGUCGUGGCCAAAAGCCGCGAGCACUCGGCCUCCCGCCUGGUCCUCGUGUGCGGCGCCGCCCACUCGAAUGGCAUCCUGCAGCGCCUGCGCGCGCGGGGCUUCUGAGGGGCCAGCGAAAAAGAGGCCGCCCUUCCCUUCUCCUUCUCCCGCUCCCCUCCCCCCCCCGUCGCUCCCAUCUCUUC